UGCAACCUCUAUAUAGGAGGUGUCGCUCGAACAUUCAACGUGUGAUGGAUUUAGCGAGUGAUGACAGAAAGACGUCCGAAAUAUGAAACAGGCUAUGGUUUUUGUCAUAUUUUUGCAGAGUCAUAAAGGGAGACUCGGGAGAAGUGAUUAACAUGAACAGCUCAGUGCUGCUGACGUCUCUGAAGCGUGCGGUCCACAAGUCUGUGUGCAGUGUGUAGAAGUUGUAUAUGUUCCUCUAAGACUUGGUCCUCCAUGGAUAUUUUGGCCCUCCCUUAUGGUAAAAUGCUGGUUCUGGGGGCCAUCUCUGCUGCCUCAGCUUUUGUUGUCACCAUCCUGAUUGUGCUGGUGUGUGUGGGCUGUCAUACGAAAAGCAAAAGUAAACACAGCUAUGCCAGUAUGGGGAGUCAAAAGAGGGACAUGGGUGUUCUUCGACAGUCCAAGCUGAACUCCAUGAGUAAAUCAGACACACGUCUGCAUGAGAUGCAUCGAAUGCCUUGCAGUGCAAGAGGUGCUCUUAAAGAUCGGCCAGCCAGCAUGGACCUACUGUUGCUGCGAAGUCAUUACUCAACCUCUGACCUCCACCCUCCAAUCUCUGCCUACCAACUGAACUGUAUUCCCACUGGCCGUGAGAGUGUGGUUUGUGACCGUCUCUACCCAGAAGAUGAAGGAUUAUAUGAGAAGGUUGGUGUGUUGAGAGCUCCUCCCCCAGCUCCACCCCUGAAUUCAGUACAAAGCCAAACAAUUCCUGAAAACUUACAAGGAGCAGGAGAAGAAGGAUUGGAGAGUAGAGAGAAAAUUGAGGCAGGGCAAGCCGACGUGAUGGCCGAGUAUGCCUCUGUAAAGAAGGUAAAAAGGCUGGAGAGAGGGAGGAGGCUGGAAGGCUCAGAGGAGGAAAAUACAUCAGAGUCAUCCAGUAGCACCGUUCACAGACAAACAAUGGAGUCUUUCCACAUACCCAACAUCCCCAAGGGGGCAGUGUCCAUGGGUAAUGGAGAGGUGUACAUAUGGAAGCCUCCGGAAGAGAGCAACACUCUCUCUUUGAGAGGGCCAUUGCUGGAGAAUGGCCACAGCAAUUCCAGCACCACAGAGAUCGUUGAGACAUACUCUACCAUCUCUAAACCCCUGAAGAAGGAGCAUCUGGAGUCAACACAGCAGAUCAGUGGGCAAAUAGGCUCUGGAGAGGGCUCUAAGGAACACGUAUCCUGGCCUUCCGGGGAGCAAUACUAUGAGGCAGUGGGUGAGAACACUUGGUCUAAAGUGUUUGAUUUUGACCCAGCCUAUGCCACCAUCAAUCCCAGACAAAAAAGAGAGUUUCAGUGCAGCAGCACAUUAAAGCCAAAGAAGAGGAAUGGUGAGCCAAUGCAGGGACCAGAGUGCACCAUGGUAUACGAGAACCUUUAUGAAAGCAUUGGGAAUUUGAAGGAGGGCACCAACAGCACCAGCACCACCACCGUCUUCACGUUUGAUGACGGCAGGAAAAUGUACGUCACAGGGCUGUAGAGAUCUUGAUUGGGUACAUGUGAAUUUAAAAGAAGUAAAAAAAAUGACUAUAUCAGAAUUUAAGAUAUUAGCAUAAUUGCAAAGUAAUUGUGUAAAACCAUGGAGCUCAAUAUACACCUGUCUCUAAUGUUUUUGUUUAUGAACACGGAUAAAUGAACACAUACCACAGACUUAUUCAGACUAAUGGAAUCAACAUUUAUAGCUCCAAAAGACCUUUUCAUCAAAUCUGGCAUCUCUUCUGUGUUACAAUCUUCAAUGAAAGUAUUGGUCUAAAAUAUGACCCUGUCAAGACCUCACUAGAUCUGUAAAUUUAUCUUCUUUAGAAGGCUGUUUUAUUUUAAAGUGUAUUUAUGUUAUAUUGCAUGGUUCUGUUGGUGUUUUUGUACCUCUGGGUAGCCGUAAAGGUGUAAUUCUUCAGUACUUCAGUGUUUUUUUUUUUGUUUUUUUUUAAAUGAAAUGGCAUGUGUCCUCCACCUAUUUUCUGACAGUCAGAAAACCUAGAACAGUUGUUGGGUUUUUCACCCACAAAGUCUUCUUUAUUUCCCAGAUUGAAAACUCAAGUAUUUCCUAGCAAAGAAGUAAAACUUUUGAGCUUUUAUAUGAAAUAGAGAUAAGAGACAAAGAAGCCCCACCCAAAACAAACAAUCAAAAAACACACUUCACAUUACAGUAUGUGUGGCAGAUGGGAGGUAUGUGUUACGAUCUGGUACUGGGUCUAGGAAUCGGGACACUCUGUGUCUUAUACAUAACACUCUGUGUCUUAUACAUUAUACAUAAACAAUUAUUAAAUCUACAGUAAAUAAAUCUUGUAAUAAAUCUUACAAUAGAGUCUAAGGGCAAAUUCUAUGCUGUUAGUAAUGUUGUAAUUGAAUGAUUAGCUUAGGGAUCAAGGUCAGUUUAGUUAUAGAGAUUUUUUUUUUUCCAACCUGGGGAAUUUAAAUAUAUUGGGUUAUAUUAAGUACAGUAUCUUUUAUUGUACAUAUACUAUAUAUCAUGAUUAAAAAUGAGAUGUUUAUUUAUUUUUUUAUUAAAUAAAUUGUAUCAUUGUUUAUUUUCCAGACUUAUAAUCGUUAGGAAUGCUAGCACCACUGCCAUCCAUGUGUUACAGUGUUCUUUAAUUGGUCAGUCUGGCUUGCGUAUGUCUACAUUUUAUAAAUUAUUAUUCUACAUUUUUUACUUGGUAUUUCAUUUAAAGGAGAAUUGUUUCUAUAAAUCAAUGUGCUCCCAAAAUCUGUGCUCAGAAUUGAAUCCUGCAGUACAUGUCAUAUAUUGCAGCUAAAGAGCAGGCCAUGAGGAGGCAUCAUGCAACAUUGUGUUAUAUGCUGAAUCAUACAGUACAGAUUUUUUUUUUGUUUUGGAAAAGCAGUACGAAUCUGCAGAACCAAAGCCAACCCGAACCAAUCAUACGCAUUAAUAAUGUGCAUUCUUGAAACUCAGUUGAAGAAAUGUCCCAUGAUUUCCUCUGUCACAAAGCUGUCUACUGAAGUGCUGUACAUUAGGCCUAGUAAAAAGCAUGUAUGGAGCAGGAAAAAAUUAACAGAACCAAACUGCUACCAAGGUAUGAAUAUUAUGUGCCCAUCCUCCACCAACCCCAUGGUUAUGCUGGUAUAUUUUGUACACUCAGUUACAAAUGUCCAAUUCAGCUCGGCUUCAUAUGCAUAUUUUCAGGAUUAGAUAGGUGCAACUCAAUGUUAAAAAAAAAAGAUUGUAAAGAUUGUAAAAAAAAAUUGUAAUAUUUUUAGCUAAUAAUUGAUUACAUUGUUACAUUUUUUUAAUUUUAAUUUUUGUAAUAAAGUUGCAUAUUAAAGCAUUGUUUGUUAA